AUUUGAAAAAAAAAGAGGAUUGUACAAAUGAAAUCACUUUCUUACCUAGAGAGUAAAGUAUCUCGAGUGAGAUCGAUCUUGGAAUGUUUUCAUAAUGGUGAAAUUCGAGCAAGCGGGAUGAUUAAUCGAUGGAAAAGAGGAAGAAGUAGUGGAGGCGAUAAAACUUCCUCUGGAACAAAAAUACUCCGCUUUAAUACUCCAAUAAUACGAUCCUCCAUAUCUGAUCGAUCUUGUAAAUUUCGCAAAAUCACACGAUCCUCGAAAAAACGGAUGAGAUAAUUAACAAUCAACUGUAAGAAGAUUUCGCAUAAAUCUCGGAUCAUUCGGUGGAAGCUCGUCUGGGAUAAAAUCAGAGCCACGGGGUGGUAUAUAUCGUUAGAUAUCGGUGGCCUCGAACUCGUAUCCCAUUGGCUGAUUGUCGGUGUACGACGAACCGAAGAGUUAGUAUUCGCUCGUCGACGAACAACCACGUCACGUUUCUAUUCCUGGCAGCGUGGACGCAGCGAUAUCUUUAGAGCAACGAUCAGUACAGUCCGUUUCCGAGCUUUCCUUCCUACGGGACGAUACCACGGCCUGGCCAAAGAACAAACCGAGACACCGACGAAGAUGAUCCAUUUCCAUCGAUUAUUAUUCCUACGUCCUCGUCGUCGCCUUCGAUAUCCCGAUAUAAAGUUAUCGAAAUUUCUGGUCCACCGUACGAUCCAUCCCCAAAUUUCUCAGAGCUGUCGCAGCCACGAUCAUGCUGAUCAAAGAGACGAUAUUUUGGUUGUUCCGGAAGGUAGUGAAAUUUCGUAGUGCGACCACCAACAACGAAUCGCCUCGAUCCCCGAUGUCAUGUAACGUUUAACGUUUAUAUCUCGAGGAUUCAAUUUUUGAUGCCUAUGUAAAUUCUGGUUAUUUUCUCCGACUUGGUGGCAAAAUUACCGGUUACAAGAUGAACAGCGCGUUGGAAAAUUUCAUCACCACCACCCAUCAGGAUUUUAAUUGGCCGUAUCCUGUACCCCUUGUUGUAAAACCGGCCCAACCGCCGAUGAACACGGGGAUUCGAUUAUACAUGCCUAGAAUCGAUCCUGAAGACUGUGCUUGCGACGAGCAUGGGCGGAAAAUCGACAAAAUCAGAUACAAAUACCUAGCCGAUAAGGAACGACUCUUUUUGGAUCAACUGCAAAAAGUGAAUCGUGAAAUGGUUAAUCUCACGUCAGCCAUGCUGGACGACAGCUGCGGUUCCAUAGAUGAGACGAUGAAGAGCGUUUAUAAAACGGAUUACGCGAAAAGGGGGUUGCCCAUCAAAGAGUACAGGCAGUUGAAAGCUGCGGUCGAUUCGGGUUACUGUUCACCGUUUCCGGAGGAAAUUACAGAGAUAAAAGAGGGUUACAGAGAUCCAACGAGAUUUCGAUACACGGCCAUCGAAAGACCACAUAUACAGCCAGCAAAAACGAUCACUUUUUGCCAAGUUCCAGAAUUAUUCUCUGUAUGGGAAACACCGUUCGUCGGUCGUUCGGAAUAUAUGGAUACGUUUAGCAAAAUGGGUUUAAGCAACAUGAAAAAUCAACAACAAUACCUGGAACCGCAACCUUCGUCGAGGAGAAGAUUAGGAGAUUGCAAAUUAUAGAGUUAUGUCAUUGGAGAAGAAAAAAAAAUGUUUCUCUUUAUUCAAAUGUCGAAACUAUGUCCAUUUACAGAAUUAACUAUAUAAAUAUUCGAUUGAUUAACAAAAAAAUUUUGGUA